CUUUUUGUUUUUCUGUCCCAGAUCCUGAAGCGUGGUUGCCAUGUGAACGACCGUGAUGGUUUGACGGACAUGACGCUGCUUCACUACAGCUGCAAGGCCGGAGCACACGGAGUCGGCGACCCGGCGGCCGCGCUGCGUCUCAGCAGCCAGCUGAUCGCGCUGGGCGCCGACGUGAGUCUGAGGAGCCGCUGGACCAACAUGAACGCUCUGCACUACGCCGCGUACUUCGACGUCCCGGAACUGAUCCGGGUCCUGCUCAAAGGCACCAAACCCAGAGUGUUGAACUCCACCUGCAGUGAUUUCCACUACGGCACGGCGCUCCACAUCGCGGCCUCCAACCUCUGUCUGGGAGCCGUCAAAUGUCUGCUCGAGCACGGGGCCAGCCCCAUCGUCCGGAACGAUAAGGGCCAGGUCCCGGGCGAGGUGGUUCCCGACCCGAUGGACAUGAGCCUGGACAAGGCGGAGGCCGCCAUGGUGGCCAAGGAGCUGAAGCAGCUGCUGCUGGACGCCGUCCCUCUGAGCUGCAACCUUCCCAGAGCCACGCUGCCCAACUACGACAACAUCCCCGGCAACCUGAUGCUGACCUCCCUGGGGCUGAAGCUCGGCGAGCGCGUGAUGGUGGACGAGAUGAAGCUCCAGAGAGACCAGAGCGGAGAUGACAGCCCGGCUGCAAAGCUCCAACAGCCCGGCACUCUGAGGUUUUGCGGGACCACCGAGUUCGCCAGCGGCCAGUGGGUCGGCGUGGAGCUGGACGAGCCCGAGGGGAAGAACGACGGCAGCGUGGGCGGCGUCCGCUACUUCAUCUGCCCUCCGAAGCUAGGGAUCUUCGCCCCGGUGUCGAAGAUCUCCAAAGCUGUGGAUCAGGCGCCUUCAUCCGUUACCUCGACCCCCCGAACCCCCCGCAUGGACCUGGCGUCCCGCCUCGCCGGAAAGACCAAGAAGGAGAAAGAGAAGAAAGAGAAGCAGAGAGAGAAAGCUCAAAAGAAGAAGAUGUCGGUCGGCAGUCUGGACCCGGAAGGGAUGAACGUGGAAGUCGGAGACCAGGUUCUGGUGGCCGGGCAGAAACACGGCAUCGUCCGCUUCUACGGAAAGACCGACUUUGCUCCAGGGUACUGGUUUGGGAUCGAGUUGGACCAGGCGACGGGGAAACACGAUGGCUCGGUGUUUGGAGUCCGCUACUUCAGCUGCCUGCCCAAAUAUGGAGUGUUUGCUCCGCCGUCCCGGGUUCAGAGAAUCGGAGGCCCUAAAGAAGGCACUCAGAACAACAGCUCCAUGGUGAAGAAAGUCCACCAAGUCACCAUGUCCCAGCCGAAGCGGAACUUCAACGCCAAGCGUUCGCCUAAAGACCUGACGUCCGAGAGCUCCAUAUCCAGGUGAGAACGCGCCGUCUGCUGUCAGGGUGCAAUCACACAGCUGAUCACAUCACGUCCCUCGGGUCAAACUGACCCGGGGGACUUAUUCGGGGUUUUAAAAACAAUUCUGUAAUCAAAUCUUACUUCAUAAUCUAUCAACAAAUAUUGUCUUUAUCUCCAUUUCCAACAGC